GGUGCUGGUGCUCGUAAUGGUGGUGCUGGUCGUCUUUCUGGUGGUCCUGGUGGUCGUACUGGUACUGGUACUGGUCUGUGUGGCGUGGAAACCUCCUCAGGGUUUAAGAGGGUUUUGUUGCUGGACCUACGCGGAGCUGAUAGCUGAUUGGCCGGUGGUGGUGCUGGGUGUGUGCACGGUGCUCAUCGUGAUCUGCGCUCUGAUUGGCGUGCUGGUCCCGGACCUGCCCGACUUCUCAGACCCCCUGCUGGUGGACGAGUGGAUCAGCGAGGAGCUGCUCAGCGCCCCGGCCGGCCUCCGUCACGGCUGGUUCAUCAGCAACCUGGAGUUCUAUGACCUCCAGGACAGCCUGUCGGGGGGCACCCUGAUCGCCAUGGCGCUGUCGGUGGGCGUGGCCUUCGGCGUGAUGCUGCUGACCACAUGAUGCUGCUGACCACGAGCUGGAGCCGCCAGCGGCUCCAGCUCGUGGUCAGCAGCAUCACGUGGUCGACGUGGCGACGUUCUAUACCUUAUCCCACUUAAUACACGGCUACUUGCCGAAACGAAAAAAUUACUCCACACUGUGCGUUCUUUCACAAUUUAUUUGUUACCAGCGUUCAUACUGUUUAUCAGCAGAGGAAUAGUCUGCCAAAUACAUUGGCAAAAAACUGUUUUUUUUAAGUUUAAACUACCCUUCUAACUCAGUGCUGUGGAACGCUCCGUUCACUUGCAUUGGCCUUAAAUCACCGUUGCUGAGCAUAUAAUGGCCGCUGUCAAGGAAAGUGGAUUUUUUUGCUGUCUUUCGUAUCCCUCCGCAGGUAGUCCGGUAACUUAUCAACCCCAGCGUACUCGGUUGCUAAGCGACGUCAACGUAUUUGGCAGACUAUUUCUCUGCUGAACAACACUACGGAUGCUGGUAACAAAUAAAUUGUAAAAAAACAUACUGUGUGAGGUUAUUUGUUCGUUUUGGCAAGUAGCCGUGUAAUAAUGUACAGAACGUUGCCGGUCAUUAUCGAAAAUAAGCCCAGUUCAGGGCGAAGCAAUACACCUCCUCUUCGCGUCAGUGUCCUUUUCGCCCUGUCGGGGCUUACUUUUCCGAUGAUGUACGGCGUUCUAUACAUUAUCCCUUACAUAACUAACCGUUAGAGCAGGGGUUGGCAACUAAGUUUGGCCUCGGGACAAUUCUUUUUCCAGCCAGUAGGUGGCGGGCCAGAACAUUAUCAAAGGCUAGUUCAAGGAAUUGAUUAAUGAAAGUGCAUCUGGAACUGUGACGCAGGCCCGUCAGCUGGCUUAGUCACAUGCCUACCAUGCCCUAGAUGACUCUUUAAAGACGUACAUAUAAACAACUGUAUGCCCUAAUCACGUAAAUGUCAUACCUGAUCACGUCGGGUAGGGGUGUUGCUGCACUAACUCCACAGAGACAACGCAGACAUAUCAUCAUAAGCAGUUCUAACUGGAGAGAAAGUGAAAUCUGCGAGCUGCUGAUCAUGUGAGAGAAGGUGAUGCAGUCAUAUUAAGCAAAGUGAUCUACGAGAGAGACGCAGAGGAACUGUCCUUACGAGGCUUUUAUCGGGAUAAAAAACCCUAACCCGUCCCUAACCCAAAAGUGGUCAGCAAAAUCAAGAAUAUGUUGGCGUUUUUGCACUUGUAAAUAGUUAAUCGCGUUUGUAGCCUACACUCAGACGUGAACUCAUUCUUGAGUGGGACUCUAACCUUCCGAGAGUAGUAGCAGGAUUUGAUACAAUUACAUUCAAAAACGGUUAUGAAAGAAAAAAAGGUUCACUGUAUCCGGCCCUUUACAUUUUAAGCUAACAGAUAUGCGAUAUUCCAAAAAAAUAAAAUAAAAAAUAAUUAUAACUUCAUAAUAAUCUGGCGGGCCAGAUAUUAUAUCUGGCGGGCCAGUUACGGCCCGCGGGCCGCCAGUUGCCGACCCCCGCGUUAGAGGGUCUCCGCGACCCUCAGGACACGAAGCCUCACCUGACGUAGCGUUAUAAAAAGGGUCCAAUGGGGUGUUAUUAGGAGGAAACUUUUGAAUAAGUUGACUUAUCACUGAAA